UUGAUGUGACCAUAAAAUAUAUUGAUUCGGUAACGGGAUCUAAUACCGUAGUGUAACAUAUUACUACCGGACGAACAGUUGAUCGGAUUAGGAAAGAUGCUUCACAUCUUGAUUAUUGCUGCCUUGUGCAUUUCAAGUGCACUCGCUGCUCCAACGACCAACAAAACAAUAUGGCAAGAAUACAGACUGCCAGCGCCCGGAGUAUGUGGUUUGAAUCUCAUGGACCGCAUCCGAGGUGGCGAGAAAACGGAUCUCAAUGCGUACCCUUGGGCUGCUGUCCUGGGGGUCAAGUACAGGACCCGGGAGCCGAAUUUUAUGUGCGGUGGAUCUCUAAUAUCGGAUCGGUUUGUUCUAACUGCCGGGCACUGCAUGCGGAGAUUUCUAAGUGGUGAAAGAGCGCUUAUGGUACGGCUCGGUGAAUGGGAUAUUGUAAGCGAAAACGAUUGCGUAGAAGAUCAAUGCUCCGAUAAGCCGAUGGACUACGAUGUGGACACUUUCGUGCAGCAUGAGGACUACACGUCGGGUCCAACGCACAACGAUGUUGCUCUGGUUAAGCUGGCAUCCCGAGUUAAGUUUACCGAAUACAUCAGUCCAGUUUGCCUUCCUAUAACCAACAAACUGAAAAGUAAAUCGGAGACUGGAAGAAUUUUCACAAUUGUUGGAUGGGGAACCACAGAAACAGGUGUAGAGCAGCCUGGGUACUAUGCGAGUCGGUUCAAACUGAAGGUCGAUAUGCCGGGCCUUGACUGGAAUACAUGCUACAAGAGGAACCCAAGACUGUGGGAGUCGGAAUUGUGCGCUGGUAACGACACUGAGAAGCAGACCUGUGCUGGCGAUUCCGGAGGCGGUUUGACGAUCGCGGAAAAGGACGGUUACUGGUACCAGUAUGGAAUCAUCAGCUACGGAUUCGGUUGUGGAACGGUUGAUUUCAAAGUAUUUGUGCGAGUUGUGAGUUUUUUGCCAUGGAUUAAAGAUACUAUGAAAAGGCUGAGCGGAGAUGAUCGAUCGACGUCGUCCGGAACUAAUAAUAGAAGAUAUUUCAAACGAUACUCCAAAAUGUUAACAACAAUUCUAAUUUCCGUGCUGCUGUUCACGGGACCUUCGUAUGGUACUUUACUAUCCGAGUUUAUUGGAUUAAAAGCAGAUGACACCAACUACACUUUGCCGGAGCCAGGAGUCUGCGGUAUCAACCUGGCGGAUCGUAUUUUGGGUGGAACAAAAACGGCUAUCAAUGCGUACCCCUGGGCGGCACUCCUCAUAGCGAAACCCAUUCUUAGCAGUAGGAAGAUCUACGCCUGUGGAGGAUCGUUGAUUUCCGAUCGCUUCGUACUUACGGCAGCUCAUUGCUUCCGGGAGAUUCCAAUCUGGGUUCGAAUAGAAAAGGUCCGCCUGGGCGAAUGGGACAUCGAGAGUGAGGAGGAUUGUGACGGAGAGGAUAAUUGUGCUGAUAAGGCAAUCGAUGUUGGUAUUAACAGCCACGUUGUUCACGAGGAUUACGAUUCGGAAAACAUUCACUACGAUGUUGCGCUAAUCAAACUGGCGAAGCAGGUCACCUUCACGGAAUACAUCUCGCCGGUGUGCCUGCCACUGAGGGUGGAAUUGCGGGAGCAACCCGAUGCCGGUAAAACAUUCACUGCUGUCGGAUGGGGUACAACGGAAAAGGGGCAAGAUGAGCCAGGCGUCUAUGGAAGCAGAUAUAAACUGGAGGUGGAUCUCCCUGGUGUUGCUUUAGAAACCUGUCGCGCAAACUAUCCCGAAGUAUUGGACUCAGAGUUGUGUGCUGGAGGCGAGGCAGGGAAGGAUUCGUGUCAAGGAGACUCCGGCGGUGGCUUGGUGGCUCCUGAGAAAGACGGUUACUGGUAUCAGUAUGGAGUUGUCAGCUGGGGAUACGGCUGUGGUACCAACGGAGUUCCUGGAGUAUAUGCUCGUGUGGGAAGUUUUAUUGAGUGGAUUCAAAAGCAUAUGAAAUAACGUGUGAUGUGUAUAAUUGCCUGAUUUCAAGACACCUGAAUGCACCUUGGAGCCAAAUAAACAACAAUGAAAAUAUCUAA